AUGGGGGGGGGAUCGCGCCUCUUUCAGAACUCCAUCACCGCGAUCAAAGACCAUCAGCGGAAGCUCGCUAGCCCCCAGCCGAAGCGCGCUAGGGUCGCGGCAAGCGAUCUACCUGAGGUUUCUUUCUCCGAGAAGGAAACUGAGGAGCUGGACACUCCGCACGAUGACGCACUCGUCAUUUCACUUGACGUGGCGAACCACGAGGUCUGCCGAAUCCUAAUUGACAUUGGGAGUUCGGUAGACUUGAUUUUCCUCGAGACGCUCGCUAGAAUGGGGAUCGGGAAAGAACACAUCGUAGGACCGCCCUCACCUUUGGUCUUGUUCACUAGCGAGACGUCAAUGUCCUUGGGCACGAUCACACUACCGGUGUCCACUCAAGGAGUGGUUAAAAUUGUGGAGUUCACGGUUUUCGACCGAACUGCGGCCUAUAACGUUAUUUUGGGAACUCCCUGGCUCUACCAGAUGAAGGCAGUGGCCUCGACGUACCAUCAACGAAAUGCCCGGUAUCAGUCCAGAAGUUAUCUCCCACGAGCUGAAUGUAGACCGACGUUCCGACCUGUAAAGCAGAAGCGAAGGAAGCUGGGUCCUGAGCGAGCUGAAAUCGUCAACAAAGAGGUGGAACGCCUACUGAAGGCGGGACAGAUACGCGAAGUGAAGUAUCCUGAAUGGCUCGCAAACACGGUGGUAGUCAAAAAGAAGAAUGGAAAAUCACGAGUUUGCGUUGAUUUCACCGACCUGAACAAGGCAUGCCGCAAGGAUAGCUUUCCACUUUCGCAAAUCGACAGGCUAGUCGAGUCCAUUUCGGGUCACGAGCUGAUGUCUUUCAUGGAUGCCUUCUCCGGCUACAACCAAAUUCUUAUGAACCCGGAUGACCAGGAGAAGACUGCAUUCAUUACGGACCGCGGGAUUUAUUGUUACAAGGUGAUGUCUUUUGGGUUAAAGAAUGCGGGAGCACUUUACCAGAGGCUGGUAAACCGUAUGUUCGAACACCAGCUCGGAAAGACCAUGGAAGUCUACAUCGAUGACAUGCUGGUAAAAUCUCGCGGAUCUGAAAAAACAGGAAUCGAAGCGAAUCCGAGGCAGAUUAAUGCUUUCUUGUCUAUAAGUUCUCCUAGGACUUUACGCGAAGUGCAACGCCUUAAUGGACGGAUCGCAGCCCUCAACCGCUUCAUCUCUCGAUCUACGGACAAAUGCCUCCCGUUCUACCAGCUGUUGCGAAAAGGGGGAAAAAACUUCUUAUGGGAUGCGAAGUGCGAAGAGGCGUUCGCUCAGCUCAAAGCCUAUCUGUCUGAACCGCCGGUCUUGGCUAAGCCCGAGUUCGGUGAGCCACUCUUUCUUUACGUAGCUGUCUCGGACAGUGCAGUCAGCGGAGUCUUGGUUCGGGAGGAAAGGGGGGAGCAGCGACCAAUAUUCUAUGUCAGUAAGUCAUUUACUGGGGCGGAGUCCAGGUACCCUAUGAUGGAGAAAUUGGCCCUAGCAGUAGUCACUUCGGCAAGAAAGCUGCGACCUUACUUCCAGUCCCAUACAAUCAUAAUCCUGACGACGCAACCACUUCGGACGGUAUUACAUAGUCCAAGCCAGUCCGGGAGACUAGCUAAAUGGUAUGUCGAGUUGAGUGAAUACGACAUCGAGUUCCGGACUCGAACCUGUGCUAAGGCGCAAGUGCUGGCCGAUUUUUUGAUCGAACUCCCACUAGCCUCUUCGGUUAGCGACAAUGUUGAAGUCCCAUGGACGUUGUAUGUUGAUGGCGCUUCUUCCAGAUCGGGAGCAGGAAUUGGGGUCCGCCUCACUUCUCCUACUGGCGAAGUAAUCGAGCAGUCAUUUCUCUUGGCUUUCAGCGCGUCAAACAACGAAGCCGAGUAUGAAUCCUUCUUUGCUGGUUUACGCCUCGCAGUAGGGAUUGGUGUCUGGAGACUCCGAGCUUUUUGCGAUUCGCAGCUGGUCACCAACCAGUUCUUGGGGGAGUACGAGACAAAGGAUGGUCGUAUGGAGGCUUAUUUGUCCACAGCUCGAGAAUUAGUCACUAAGUUCGAGGAUUUUGAAAUCACGAAGAUCCCACAAAGUGAAAACUCCGCUGCGGACGCUUUAGCAUCUCUGGCAUCCACUUCGGAUCCUGCGAUGACUAGGAUUAUCCCCGUCGAAGUCAUCCAGUUUCCAAGCAUCCGUCUAGAGAGCUCGAAUGUCGUCACCCGGGCAAAUAAAAAAAAGUUGGCUGCUAAGGAGGCAGCUCACGAGGCGACUGCGGACUCUUUGCCAUCGGAGGAUCCAGCCCCCGCUAUGCCUACUCUGAUAGAAGUUCACCCACCUCUGGCCGAGCUAGACGCGAGUCAAACUCCGGAAUCGUCGAGCUCAUCAGCUAGGGGGCAGGCGAUUGGCGGAGCCCGAUCUGGGCUUACUUGCAAAAAAGGGGAACUCAUAGCUGACAAAUGGGCGGCCAGGAAACUCAAGAUUGUCAGUGCGCGGUAUUGCGUCUACAACGGAAUACUCUUACGCCGAAGUGUAGCUGGUCCUUAUCUAACAUGUGUUGCCGGUAAAGAGUCCGCGAUGCUAAUGCGAGCUGUUCAUGACGGUCCCAAUGGGAAUCACUCCGGAGUUCGGACUCUGGCUUUCAAAAUCAAAAGGCAAGGCUACUUCUGGCCCACUAUGGUCACGGACUGCGAAAAUUAUUCUCGAGCUUAUGAGAAGUGCCAAAAGCACGCCCCGUCAAUCCACCAGCCUACCAAGCUCCUGUCUUCGGUGUCCGCACCUUACCCAUUCAUGAGGUGGUCUAUGGACAUCAUUGGUCCAUUGCAUCGGGGACCAGGAGGAGUUCAGUACGUGCUCGCUCUUACCGAUUAUUUCUCCAAAUGGGUGGAGGCAGCGGCCUACGUUAAGCUUGAUCCCGAUAAGGGUACGUAG